GCGCCGAGGAAAACUGACAGCUCUGCACUGGAUUGAGUUCAAUUGAAUAGUUGAUCAUUGUUGUUGUUGUGCCAUUUUUUCAUAUACAACAUGGUUAUUCUCUGUAAUAUAUGUCAUGAUCGUUUAAUAUCAUCCGCCGAAGUCUCUUUCACUAAUUGUGGACAUGUAUUUCAUUUACAGUGCAUAAAUCAGUGGCUGAACAGAGCUCCAACGUGUCCGCAAUGUCGUGAGACAAUAACAAAAAAAAGAAUCCAUAGAGUUUAUCUUACAUAUUUGAACGAAACAACUUCAAAUUCUACAGAGGAUUUGUCAACAGAGGAUUUGAAACAAAGAAUUGACAAUUUAAACUUUCAAAUUUUACUGAAGGACACAAAUAUCGAACAUUUUACUUCAAAAAAUGCAGCUCUGGAAAAGCAAAAUGCUGAGCUUAGGCAGGAAGUAAGAAACGUGGAAAGUGAGAUAAAUAAAAAAAAUUCUAAAAUUUAUGAUUUGAAGGAAAAAAUAAUACAUUUAAAUGAACUUUCCUCACAAUAUAAAGUUCUAGAGGAACAAUUGUCUAACACAAAAAAGAAACUGGAUGAAUUUCAAAGAAUAAAACAAACAAUAUCAGAUGAUACUCUUAAAGAUGUCAUGAAAAUUGUUGAAGAAACAAAAAAUCCAAAAUUAAUUAAUUACAUUUGUGCUAUGAAAAAGACGAUGAUUGAGAACGAGAAUAAAAUAACAAAUUUUCAAUAUAAUUUGAAAUGGCAAUCUAAGUUUUAUGACAAAGAGCGAAAAGAAUUACUGCAUUUAAAGCAAUAUAUAAAAUCUUGUAAAAAUGAAAAAUUAUGUCUACAAAAUCGUAUUUAUGACCUAGAAGAGUUGCUUAAAAAUUCAGAGCAAAACUGUAUUAUAAAAUCUAACAGCCAAAGAAACUCAAAUAAUCGGUCUCUUGGUACACCACAACCAAAAAAAAAUAUUUACAAUCAGACUGAUACAAGACAAGAAACUGAAAAUCAAAAUGAUUUACUGUCGCCUUCAUGGAUAGAAGUAGUUACUGAUAUGAACGAAGAAGAACGUACAUUAGACACUACACUUGACAAAUGUCCAAGUAGUAUAAAAAAAGCGAAACUCAGUUUGCAAUCAGGCAAUGAUAGCAGUGAAAUAAAUAAUAUGAUUACUCAUGAUGGAAACAUCUCAAGCAUGGAUAUGCAAUCAAAAAAGAAAAAAUUGAAGGUAAAAAGUUUCUAAUAAUACCACACUUAAAUUAAGUGUUUGUAUAAGAAGCAACACAGUAUUGAAAUUUAUUUGUGGAUAUUAUAAUUUACAUCAACAUUUGCUACUGUUAUAUUACAUAUGAAUUUCUCUGUAAAAAUUAACUGAUUUACUUGUUUUUUAGAAAAUUAUUUACACAUUUAGAUGUGAUUCUAAUAAAAAUAAAUUAUAAUUUUAUAUAAGUAUAUAGAUUUUGUUUAGAUAGUAAAUUAUUGCAAGAGUACAUUUUUUUGAAAAUAUAUAACAUUAAAAUCUUUAUUCAGAAUAUUAAAAUUUUUAUUUAUUUUUUCUUUUAUUGAUUACUUAUCAUAAUGCUACUACUAUAACAAGAUAAUAUGUAUACAAGUUGAUUCAGAAACUAUUUUUUUAAUAGAGAGUACACAUUGCAUUUGCUCUAUAGAUAUCUACCUCAAUAGAUACGCAACACAUUACAUAAUUCAAGAUCGCUCAUAAUCUGAUAAACUAAGUUUCGAUGCGUUUAUAUAUUUUAUAUUCUUCAAAGAUUAAUUUUAUUUUUUGUACCAAAAAAAUAAUAUAAGAUAGUGUGGGAUAGAAGCAAGUUUAUUAAAAUAUUAAUUUUGAAAGGAUAAAUAAUAACCAUUUCGAUAUGUAUCAAUAAACUUUUAUUCAGCAUUCAUAUCAUGUAGGCGCUACAUCAUUUUGACAGAGAUAGACAAAAGGAAUUCUGAAAUGGUAUAUUAUAUAUACAUAGGAUAUUUCGCGGAUAGGGCAUGCUAUUUAAAUAGUUACAAAACGCAUUGGUUCUUAUUAAUAGCAGUCGUGGUUUAACAAUUGGAUCAUUAAUUGGAAUACUCUCUUAUCCUAGGAACUUAAAAUUAAGUACUUUGUACGUAAGACUAGACGUUUCGUUUCUCUACUCUCGUAUUCUGUAAAUGCGAUCGAAUUCAGUAAAGUCAUCAUUCCAAGCGAUAUCUAAUACGUCAAUAUUUUUAUAUUCGUUUAUAUUAUUACAUUUUUAUUUAAUAGCAUAUUGUACCUUAAACUGGUACAAAUGUACAAAAACACACUUUGCUCGCCAAACUAAGUUUACGCUAAACUUGUAAUGUAUUAAAAAAUUGGUUUAACUGCAGUCGUCUUAUCGCUAUAGUUAACUGGUUCAGGAUCAGGUUUGGUCAAUGGUUGGUAAAACCUGUGCAAAAUUUGUCGCAUGAUCUAUGAUAACGUCUGAAUGAAUGGAACGCGAGACGAUGAAACCGAUGAUUUAUCAAUUAUCGGACAUAUUUUUCGCAAAUAUAUACAGACGUAUGCUCGCUUAAAACUAAGCUAACUUUAAAGCGAUGGAAUUACAAGAUAGACACAGUACUAUUGCGCAUUGUGUUUAAUUUGCAUACUGUAUUCAGUUCGCUUAAUAGUAAUUACAAAUAUAACAGUAAUUACAAAUAACAAUAAACAAAAAUGUAAUAAAACGGAAAUGCUUAUUCUCGA